UCAAAUUUUAUAUGAAUCAAACAAAUUUGAUCAAAACAAAGAAGAAAAUCUGUUUCUUCCUUACUGGUUUAGUUUCUUUGUUACCUUUCACUUAUUAAAAUAUUCCAUGAAUCUAGCAUUUGCAAAGAACUUUUCACAAUGAAUUUUAAUUUAGAAGAUAGUACUACAAAUAAACUGCCUUAUUUAUUAGAAGAAAUUUUGAAAAACAUUCUUUCCGAUACUCGGUCUGCUAACGCAAUCCAAAAAGAAAUUUUAUUAAUUCUAAUUAUCAUAUUAAUGAUCGAAAAUGGUUUUUUACCAAUUAACGAAGAAUCACAAAUAAUAGAGCCUUUGGAGUCUAUAGAUAUGGAACAAAUGGCAAAAUGGAAGACACAUUCAGGAAUAUAUGAAGUUAAAUUUAUUAUGGCCGGAUUUCAGAGUGGUCAUGUAAAGCUUAUAAUGAGUCCUUUAGGAUCUACUGUGCUUAUUAAUGUUUUGCUACAUGAAAUUAAUUCGGAAACAUAUUCAGUGUGCCUCCCAGUAAGUCGCUAUGUUGUCUCCCCACAAGCAUCAACUAUACCUAUGAUUUUUCGGGACUUAAAACAUCUUUCAAUCUCUUUCAAGAACAAAAUAACAACGCCUAUUAAGAGCAGUAUUUUGACUUAUCAUGGAUAUCCAAGUGCAAGUCUAAUAGGUCUUCCUGAAGAACUCUUUUUUAAAAUUGUUAUUGAGUUGACUAUAUUUGACAUAAUAAAUAUCAGUAAGACUUGUAGUAGAUUAAAUUACCUCAUAUGUAAUGAAAGACUUUGGCAUGAUCUUUAUAAAAGAGAUUUCAACUCUAAUAUUUCUGCAGCAGAGAAUUGGAGGUCUAAAUACAAAGAAGCUUUUACUGCAAGAGAAGAUGAAAAAUUAAGACAAACAAGACGUGGUACAGGAACAAUGCAUGACUAUAUGGAUUAUUCUGAUUAUGUUUCUUACAUUGAUAAUCCCAUGUGGCAUAUCAUAUAAAACAAAAUACUCAUUCAUGAAAACAAUGUAAUAAUAUUUUGUGGUAUAUUUUAUAAUUUAAUCAUAUAACUUGAUUACAAGAAAAUCUUAAAUAAAUUAUGGAUUAA